CUAAAUCCCAACCGUCCAACCCAACGGCCUAACCAUCUCACACGCACACACGGACAUUCAACCAUGGAGGCAGCACCACCACCACCACCGCAGCGCCACCUCCACAGCCACCAAUGCUCGGCCGCUUAGUAGCUCUAGAUACGACCGUUUCCCAACAUCUCUACGUCCUCGCCAAACCCUUCCUCCCCCACUCCCUUCUCCUCCUCCUCGAACUCUCAGCCGACUUCCGCUUCUUCUUCCCUCUCUCCCUCUCCCUCCUCCUUGCCCCGAUCCCAGACCCAAGCCCAACCCAAAUCCUCUGCCCACUCCUCUCCCCACUCAUCUUCGGCCUCCUCCUCGACCUCGCCGUCGUCGGCCUAAUCAAACUCCUCUUUCGCCGCUCCCGCCCUCUCUACAACAAGAAGAUGAGCGUCGCCGUUUCGGUAGACCACUUCUCCUUCCCCAGCGGACACUCCUCUCCGGUUUGCUUCGUCGCCUCCCUCUUGCACCUCUCCGCUGCCGCCCUUACCGAUGCCCUCGCCAACCUACGGUCAGCGUCUCCCUUCGUUGAUCGUUGGAUCGGCGCGGACGAGGUCAAUGCCGUGAGGAUUUUGGUCUCGGUUGCUUGGGCCUGGGCCGUCGGCACCUCCGUCUCUAGGGUUUUGCUGGGUAGGCAUUUCGUCACCGAAGUUUUCACCGGGGCGUGUUUGGGCGUGCUUGAGGCUCUGGUUUCGUUUCACUUGCUGAGGUUCUAAGUAGGGUCUUUAUCAUCCAAUGUCUGAUGGGGAUGACUUCUGACUGGAGGAUAGCUUCCGACUGUAAAUUGAAGGACGGUUCCAGACUGGAGCAACCUGCUGCCGUCGGAAAGUCUCUUUUCUCUAACGAUGGUUCUGGGUCAAACACGUGGUGAAAAUAAAUUUCUCAAGAUCUGGGAUACUUCUUUUCAUUUCUGAUGACCCCUGUUGAAUAUGGAACUGAUUAUUUUCUAUGCUGCAUGGCUGGAUUGUUCUUCCAUAUAACGUCGUUUUGAUUAUGGGAAGCAGAUGAAAGUAAAGAUAUCCUUGCGAAGUAUAAAGAAACUCUCAAGGGGAAGUAGCAUCCAGAUUUAAUGAGAAUUUUAUUGAAUUCAGCUGGUGAAAGAGAUGCUGGAAAAUUCUGUGCUUCUUCAGUGGUACCUUCCAUGCUCCACUGGCUUCCAUUUAUUCUUUCACUUGAUUUAUUGAGUAGCGUGUUUCUCCAAAUGUAAUAAGAUCUGUAUAUUUUUGUGAUGCAACUACAUUGGAAUUCAGAGUUAUGUGAGAAUGAUUUUUGUGAAGAAAAA